CCAGAUGCUGAAGAACUGUUCUCGAAGAAGCUGCGUUUCUCAGCCGGUGAUGACGCAUCUAAAUUACCGACAGCCAUAGCGAAUUUCGGUGAAUUAACCGUAUCGCUACCACAGUUUGCUGGUCGUUACCUGCCACUGGAACAGUCCUAUUUACCGAGACCGAUAAGGAUUGGCUAUGAAUCGGAUAAUUACAAAUAUUCAUCACGCCGAUCCGAUUUCGACGACCUGAAUCGUACACAAAACGAUGAUCGAAGAUUGCGAUAUGGACUGAGCAGAAAUGUUGACGAUGAUAAUAAUGUGACGUCGAUUCGAUAUCGACGAAGACAGCAGUUGGAAGAAGAGGUGUGGAAUCGUUUACGAACGAACAACGCCGAUGCUGGUCAACUCUCACCAGGCAUUCACAAUCAUUCGCCUGCACAUUUAAGACAAGCGUCCAGUGAUGAUACAAGCUUGAAUGAGAAGGUGGCACAUAUUCGUGCUGAGCACGAGAAACGUCGACAGCGAAAUCGAACGAUCGCUGCGGAUCAGUCACAUCCCGAAAUUGCACAAGCGAUCAACAACAAUCUAAUUGUACCGAUCACCACAGAUCAGUCGUCACCACAAGAAUUGAAGAGUGCUGGAUCGUCGUCAUCAACAACGCACUCAAGUGAGGAGAGUGAUAACGAUCCACUGCCGAUUGUUACACAUCCGGCACCGAAUCGCUUUCGUAUCAUUUGUCGUUCAACUUCCGAACAACAAACACCGAACUUCAUACACGCGGCCAGCAUUCAGCAGACCUCGAAUGGCAUUCAAACAAGCACAAAUAAUGCCACUAGCAAUAACACACCCAUACAAAAACAAGAAUCACUCAACGAAACAUCAUCACGACCAGAUAGCGCAGCAUCUUCAACAAGGCGUAAUUCGAGCGCAACUCAGCCACCCCCGCAGACUCCACCGCCACAACCGAUUCCCAUAGUGCACUACCCAGGUGAGAUACCAGCAUGGAUUAUGAAACGUCGUCAGCGUUAUCAACGUUCUAAAACCAAUCCAGAUAUCUUAAUAGCAUUAUCACAGAUCAAUUGUAACAAUACUAACAGCACUAAUAUUCCAACUACCACCUCACCUUCGUCACCAUCAAUAAACAAUACUCGUAUCCAACAACUUUUAGCUGAAAGAGCAAACCGUUUAGAUUCAACGACGCAGCGCUAUGUUCCAUUACCACCAUCGUUGUAUUCAUCUGAUUCAGCUGAUAAUAACACCUCGUUUGAUAACGACACUAAUAAUGUUAUCUCAUCACCAACUUCGAAAACGUCCUAUCAGCAACAACCUAUCCCACCCGAUCGUCGUGCCCGAUUCAGGCGCCGUGCUUUUGCAAUGGCUGCCGAACGAGAAGCGUCGAACGAAGCACGCUUAGAACAUAAGAUGCUUCCAUCGAAAUUUCUUUGUACGGUAGAUUAUCAGUCAAAAUGUAGGCCGCGUUGUGUAUUCGGUAAGAAAGGCUCAAAAGAAGGUGACCUGAAUUGGCCACGAGGUGUGACGGCGAUAAGUGGUACGAAUGAAUUCGCUGUAUGUGAUAGCAGUAAUCAUCGUAUUUGUAUAUUCAAUACGCAAGGUCGUUUAAUACGGUCGUUCGGUAAAUAUGGCAGUGGCAACGGUGAACUGGAUUCAGCAGCUGGUAUUUGCUCGAAUCGACUGAAGCAGUUGAUUGUUUCGGAUCGAUACAAUCACAGAAUCGUUGUUUUUGAUCUGAAUGGUCAAUUCAUCCGGGCAUUUGGCUCACACGGUCCGUCCAAUGGACGAUUUAAUAAUCCAUGGGGUGUGUGUGUUGAUGAAGCUGGUAUGAUAUAUGCUGUUGAUAAGGAUAACCAUCGAGUCCAAGUAUUCGAUCCAAAUGGACAGUUUGUCAGCAAAUUCGGAUCAAUGGGUUCAGGUCCAGGUCAACUGCACAAUCCACAAUUUAUUGCCUAUCAUAAACAAUCACAACAUUUGUAUGUCACGGAUAGUUCGAAUCAUCGAAUUUGUGUGUUCGAUCAUAAUGGUAACGCUGUACUUCAAUUCGGUCAAGAAGGUUUCCAUAAUGGUCAACUCAAAUUUCCACGUGGCAUCGCUGUUGAUGAUCAGGGCUUCGUGAUCGUAGCGGAUAGUGGCAAUAACCGCGUGCAAAUAUUCUAUCCGAAUGGCCGUUUCAUGCACUGUUUCGGUACGUGGGGCGUUGGUGCAGGUCAACUGAAAGGCCUUGAGGAUAUCGCCUUACUCGACCAUACAAUCGUUGUGUCGGAUCGUGAAAAUCAUCGAAUUCAAUUGUUUUGA